AUUUCUAUUACUCUUCCAUAACUACUUCCUUAGUUUAUACUUUCUAUACACAAACCAUUAAAACAAACAACAUGUCGCCUCCCAGAGAUCUUUCCCAAACACCUGCUGUCACUGCUGCACCAGCCCAACGCACUCGCGAACCCUUUGUUUCUCCCUACAUGCCCAAGUAUCCCGACCCAAUGUCCAACAUCUCUAGCUUCAAGAUUAUCGAAUCUACUCUGAGAGAGGGUGAACAGUUUGCCAAUGCAUUCUUUGACACUGCCAAAAAGGUCGAGAUCGCCAAGGCUCUUGAUGCCAUUGGUGUUGAUUACCUCGAACUGACUUCUCCAGCCGCCUCGGAACAGUCCUACAACGACUGCAAGACCAUUGCCGGCCUGGGCUUGAAAGCCAAGAUCCUGACCCACACUCGCUGCCACAUGGACGACGCCAGACUUGCGGUUGAGACCGGUGUGGAUGGUGUGGACGUUGUGAUCGGUACAUCGAGCUACUUGCGCGAGUUCUCGCACGGUAAAGACAUGGAGUACAUCACCGACAAGGCUAUCGAGGUCAUCACAUACAUCAAGAGCCAGGGACGUGAGGUCCGCUUCUCGACCGAAGACUCCUUCCGCUCUGAUCUCGUUGAUCUGCUCAGCAUCUACAAGGCCGUCGACAAGAUCGGUGUCAACCGAGUCGGUAUUGCCGAUACCGUUGGCUGUGCUAACCCUCGCCAGGUCUACGAGCUCGUCAAGACUCUGCGCAGUGUAGUCAACUGCGACAUCGAGUGCCACUUCCACAACGACACCGGAUGCGCCAUCGCCAACGCCUAUGCUGCUCUCGAAGCCGGCGCCACCCACAUCGACACCUCUGUACUGGGUAUCGGAGAGCGCAACGGCAUCACUCCUCUCGGUGGUCUGUUUGCCCGCAUGUACGCCGCAGACAAGGACUACGUGAUGGGUAAAUACGAUCUCAAGUUGAUCCGCAAUGUCGAGAACCUGGUUGCCGACUCUGUCGAGGUCGCCGUUCCUUUCAACAACUACAUCACUGGCUAUUGUGCCUUUACCCACAAGGCCGGCAUCCACGCCAAGGCCAUCCUCAACAACCCCUCAACCUACGAGAUCCUGAAGCCUGAGGACUUUGGCAUGUCGCGCUAUGUCAGCAUUGGCCACCGUCUGACUGGAUGGAACGCGGUCAAGAACAGAAUCGAGCAGCUUCGCUUGACUGACAUGACUGACGAUGAUGCCAAGGCGGUGACCCAGAAGAUCAAGGAGUUGGCCGAUAUCCGUCCUCUCUCUCUCGACAAUGUCGAUUCUCUGCUCCACCAAUACCACGAUGCCAAGAAGACCUCAAGUCACAUCACCAUUCUUGAAAAGAUUGCCACACCAGACCAGCUUGCAGAGCCUGCUGUCAAAGCAUCAACAACUCAAAAGCAGCAGCAGCCCAUCAAAAAGUAGAAGAGCAUUUUAAAAAAUAAUAAUAACAGUAAUAAUUAAAGAGUGAAAAUAAUAAUAGAGUAUCAAAAAGAAAAAAGAAAAGAAAAGAAAAGAAAACUUCCAUUUUCCAACACAUUCACCUUUUUUUUUUCAUUCAUCCUUUAUAAUCAAUCAGUCACUCUAUUCAUUCAAUCCCUCUACCUCCUUACCUUCCUCCUUCUCCUCCUCUUCCUCCAUCAUUGUAAAAAGUCUUUCUUCCCUUCAUAUAUACUUCAUUAACAUUCAAUGAAUUUCUUUUAUAUCAUAAUAAAACAAAAAUCAAUAUUUAUAUAUACAUAAAUGGCAAUAAAAAAAAACUGUCUUUAUUUUUAUUUUUUUAUUUU